AUGAUCUACAGUACUAAGACUCAAUUAGUUUCAGGCGGGUUAAUACUGUGGCUUAUGAAGAAACAAAUUUGUUGGGAUGAAGCGGAGCUCAAUUUUCCCGUUGGGCCUGAAUUUGGUCUGUCAGUAAAGGUUGAUAACUAUAUCUCCACCAUUCAACUUCAUUUCAACUCUCAAGACAAGAAGCACUUCCUCGGCUACGACGAUAACUUCCACUGGCAACCUUACACGCUACGCUGGUCAGAGCUAGAAGCCGUUUGCCAAGCAGUUUCAAUCACUGACCGCAAGUAUUCGCAUCCUGGGCUGCCGCUACUCAUCCUGGCUCGCUUUGCGCCAAUAUGCAUUGGCGACGAUGUUGAUCACAUAGUGGAAAUACUGGUACAGGCCUGGAAAACUCUUGGCGAGGAUAUUCUUACAGACGAUCAGAUCCGACAAGUGAUUGAGAGAAUCGACAAUAGAGAUAUGCAACUAUGCUGGCAUUAUGACGAAUCGAGAAGUUAUUGGUGGGUUGGCAAAGGUCUGGAUGAAAGUACGGCGACCAAAGCAUACACUUAUCGUCGAAGUCGAGAAUUGGAUUGCGAAGAGCCUUUUCCGAAUGAGCAGUGGAAUGCCUUCAUUUCUGCAUUACAAGAUAUCGUAGACGAGUCCAGCACUACCAGAAUUGCACAUGAUAUUGCAUUAGCUUACGAAAAGAACACAUUCGACAAGUUUCAACCGCGCAAGCAUUUCCCAGUGGAUAUGGCUACGGUGACCUGCCUGCUCAAGACUCUCGGAGCUGUCCUACAAUCUCUCUGCCUCGGCAAGGCCGGAACCCUUUACCAAGAGGGUACAAUCGGGGCUUAUAUGGGAAUAUGCCAGCUAUCCACCUCCGGUCACGAAACUCAGAUUACUUAUAUCUUACCGACUGCCAUCCAGUUCGUGUUGGAAUCCACCGAGUUGCUUGGGACAGAGACAACCAUCACAGGUCCAACUGCACUUGGCUGGUCAACAGUGGAUACUGCUGACAACGGAAGAAUCGAAUUUAACUUAACAAAGUUUCCACAAGGUGUUGAUGCUGGCGACGAAAACACUGGCGUUAUAAUCAUUUGGAAGCUCACGUUGCAAGUAUCCGCAGUACUUCAUCGCUUUAUGUCUGCUGCAAGUUUAGUGCUUCUGCCGAUGUUGCUAACUGCGAAACCAUUACCAGAGGAAAUUUCUUGUCAUUGGAAGGGGCAUUGCGUCGUGACUUCACAAGAACUAUACGAUUUGCUCUCUGCAGGGGCUUAUGAGUGGUGGGUUAGGGGGACGGCAGGCGCGGCAUAA